AUGUUCCGCUCCUCAUCCUCCCUCGGCGGCGCCCCAAGCACCUACUUCCAGCGCUCCAGCCUCCCCGCAAACACGAUUGUGAAAUUCGUCCCGCAGCAAACGGCCUGGAUCGUCGAGCGCAUGGGCCGCUUCAACCGCAUUCUGAAUCCCGGUCUCGCUAUCCUAGUCCCCGUCAUCGACCGGAUAGCGUACGUCAAAAGCCUGAAAGAGAAUGCCAUGGAGAUACCGUCGCAGAGCGCCAUUACUGCCGACAACGUCACGCUCGAAUUGGAUGGCGUGCUCUACACUCGUGUCUUUGAUGCUUUCAAAGCCAGCUACGGCGUCGAAGAUGCAGACUACGCCAUUUCGCAGCUUGCGCAAACAACUAUGCGCUCGGAGAUUGGGCAGCUGACGCUCGACCAUGUGCUGAAGGAGCGCGCGGCGCUGAACACCAAUAUCACGCAGGCGAUCAAUGAGGCUGCGGCCGACUGGGGGAUUCGAUGUCUGCGGUACGAAAUCAGAGAUAUCCAUGCCCCCGGCCCGGUGGUGGAGGCGAUGCAUAGACAAGUCACAGCGGAGCGGAGUAAGCGCGCGGAAAUUCUGGAAUCCGAGGGACAGAGGCAGAGCGCAAUCAACAUCGCAGAGGGAAGGAAGCAAUCCGUCAUCCUGGCUUCCGAAGCCAUCAAAGCGGAGCAAAUCAAUUCCGCGUCAGGCGAGGCGGAGGCAAUCAUGUUGAAAGCGCGCGCCACGGCGACCGGCAUCGAUGCCGUCGCCCGCUCGAUCUCCGAGGGCAAGCAGGCUGCUCAAGGCGCCGUGUCUCUCUCCGUCGCGGAGAAGUACGUCGAGGCUUUCGGCAAGCUGGCCAAGGAGGGCACGUCGGUUGUCGUGCCGGGCAAUGUGGGCGAUAUUGGCGGUAUGAUUGCCACGGCGCUGUCGGUGUAUGGGAAUGUGAGUAAGUCGCAGGCGCAGACGAUGGGGCAGAAGAUUAUUACGGAUGGACAGGGGCAGAAUCAGGGGCCGCAGAGUGCGGCGAUUGAGGCUGUAGCCGGAGGGCAGGAUGGCGCGGUGGAUUCAAAGGAGCAGAUUGCGAAGAGUGUGUUGGAGAGCUUUGAUCGGACGAAAGCGAGGCAUUGA